AAUAUACGAAAUCCAAAUCACCAAAAUGAAUGCACGUACAUAAUUACGUCAUUUUCUUCAGAAUUACCAUCGUGAUUGUGCUUACCUAGCCCAAGGCCUAGACAACAGAGAAUAGACAUUUAAUUCGUGGCUUUGUACUGGAACGCACAGAAACUCCAAAAUAUAAAUAAGUUAUAACUUAAAAUAAGCCAUCAAGAUGACUAGUAGAAGUUCGGGUGCACAUAUUAGUGCAGAAAAUUUGCAAUUACCACCUCUACGGUCUCUCGAUGAUUUUGUUUUGGGUUCUGCUCGAUUCCAGCUCCCCAAUCUUCAGGACAUGGACAAAUGGGGCAAUCGUGUUUACAAAAAUCUUCUCUAUUACCAAACUAACUACUUUCUAUUGUUUAUUGCAAUCUACACUUUAAUGGCCAUAUUAAACCCUGUUAAGAUAAUUUGUGGACUUGUGGUUCAAGCAUUAUUGAUUGCAGUUGCUGUUUAUUACUUUGGAGAACUCCCAAACAAAAAGAAGAAACCAGCUCCUGAAAGUCUCGAACGGUGGUAUUACCUGGCAGGAACCCUCGUAUUGGGUUAUAUUCUCCUUUAUUGUUUGAAUGCUGUCCUUUGGUCAUUAUUUACAUUGCUAUUGCCAUUUUCACUAUCAUUUGUGCAUGCAUCUUUGAGAUUGAGGAAUCUACGCAAUAAAGUAGCCAACACAAUUGAGAACUUCGGACCGGCUACUCCAAUGGGAGUCUUCCUCAACACGAUGAAUAUUACAGGAGAAACUAUUUUAAGUUAAAUACAAACAUUUUGAAAUUAAUUAAAACGCCUAUAUAAUAUAUAUAUUUUAUUAAACUUGUUCUGAAAUUAAGAAA